CAUUGAAAAAAUACAUAAAUACAUUCACUUUCACUUCCUUAAUUAAAGAAAAAUAAAUAAAUGCACAAGCAGAGAAGAUGUAGCAAACUAUAGCAUCGGAGGUUUGGGAGAGUACAGAGGGUUUUCGUAGGCUUAGAAGGAAGUCCCCUUUACGUGACUGCUUGGGUUUAUCUCCGUCUUUGAUCAUGUGGUGUCUCCGUCGAGCAGCUCACCCUUUCAAGAAGCAAGGUUACUGCCUUGAGGCUUCAAGGAUUUUUGGUUCAAAAUCGAACACUUCAAGUAAUGUGAGAGGCGACGGAGGUAGUAUAUGUUGUCCUGCACAAUUAAUUUCUCCUAAACUCCCAUCGGUAAAGUUGUUUCACCUCACUCCAGUUCUUGAUAGAAUCUUUGUGGGUAGUCAUAGUCUUUGUUCACUUGCGGAUGAAUGUAGCGGUGGGAAAACCCAUGUGGAAGAUAAAUUUCUGGAACCUGAAACAACUACAACAGUCGAUGUAAUUGUGGGCAGUAAUGCCGAGGAAGAAGGUGGGGAAGUUUUAGCUUCAGAAACAGUGUUUUUGGAUGAUGAGUUUUCAGAUACUGAAAAAGGUGAGGGUGGUGAGAACUCUCACGAGAAAAAGGCUUAUUUAGAGUUGUGCAAGACUAUAAUGGAUAGUCCAAGCCAAUCUGUUGCCAGUAUUCUUGAUAAGUGGGUUGAGGAAGGGAAUGAUUUGGAACAACUCAGGAUUUCUGGGGUUAUGAUUAGCCUUCGGAGGCGUCGGAUGUAUAGCAAGGCAUUACAGUUCUCAGAGUGGUUAGAGACUACUAAGCAAGUUGCUUUUACUGAACAAGAUUAUGCUGCUCGCCUUGAUUUGAUUGCUAAAGUUAAAGGUAUCCAAAAGGCAGAGAAGUACAUUGAGAGAAUCCCAAUGUCGUUUAAAGGGGAAUUAGUAUACCGAACGCUCCUAGCUGCCUGCGUCCAUCAUGUUGACAUGAACAAAGCAGAAACAGUGUUUGAGAAAAUGAGGGAGCUGGAGUUGCCAAUCACAGUCUAUGCUUUCAAUCAAAUGAUAAUUCUCUACAAGAGGCUUGACAAGAGAAAGAUAGCUGAUGUAUUGUCUUUAAUGGAGAAAGAAAAUGUCAAGCCAUCGCUUCUUACAUACAAGCUCUUAAUAGACAUCAAAGGUGAGUCAGGUGACAAUGUAGGAAUGGAGCAAUUGUUUGAGACUAUGAAGGCUGAAGGAGUAUCACCCGACGUCCAUGUUUUAACUGUCUUGGCUAAACAUUAUAUAUCUGGGGGGUUGAAACAUAAAGCUCAAAAUGUCUUGAAGGAAAUUGGAGAGGAAAAGCUGAAGGGAAGUUUUGGGGCUCAAACAGCGCUGCUGGGACUCUAUGCUUCUCUUGACAAUUCUGACGAGGUGGCUAGAAUUUGGAAGGAAUGCGAAUUGGAUCCCAGGAUGAGUGAGUGCACUGCAGCCAUAGAAGCUUGGGGCAAGCUGGGAAAAGUUGAGGAGGCAGAAGCAGUCUUUGAAAUAAUGCUUCAGAAGUGGAAGAGACUCUCUUCAAGGCGGUACUGUGCACUUUUGAAAGUUUAUGUUGACCAAAAGCUUGUGACAAAGGGGAAGGAAUUUGUGAAGCAGAUGGAAGAUAGGGGGUGCUGGGUUGGCCCUUUGGCUUGGGACGCAUUGGUGAGACUCUUUUUGAUAGCUGGGGAACUGGAGAAAGCUGACUCCAUUUUGCACAAGGCAACUCAGCAGAACCGGGGGGCAUCAUUCAGAACUUACAUUGUUGUCAUGGAAGAGUACGCAAAGCGGGGUGAUAUACAUAAUGCUGAGAAAUUGUUCCACAGAAUGAAGCAGUGUGGGUAUACCCGCCGCCUCAAGCCAUUUGAUAUUCUGAUUCAGGCAUAUAUCAAUGCCAAAGUUCCUGCAUACGGGUUUCUAGAGAGGAUGAAAGCAGAGAACAUAUUUCCAAACAAAGCAUUUUCCUCACAGUUGGCACAAGCUGAUCCGUUCAGGAAGAACAGGGCAUUGGAUUUGCUUGAUCUAUAAAGGAGUUCCUUAAUUGAAGAUCUGCCAGAGACGAAACUAUAGAUGAGUUAUUUUACUUUUCUCCUGUAUCCCAAUGUGGUGUGAUGCCUGGGGGCCAUCUAGAUUCACAGUGUGCGGACUGAUGUUAAUGAUACUGUGGGAAUGUCAAUGCAUCUCAAAAGAAACGCCGUUUCUUCAUUAAUGGGGUCGGAUAAUCGAGACACAACUGCUGUGCAUAUUCCAUGCAACUCAGAUCAAAUAGACUGUCCACCUAUAAGGGUUAGAUUUUUCCUUCUGCUGGGUCAAGUGCUAAUUUAUCAAUUGACAUUGGUGUUUGUAACAAAAUCUGGACCAACAUGCAUGGUUUAUGUUUGGAACUAUCAAGUAGUCUGGUUCCAGGCAUGGACUGUUGGUCUGCAGACAAGCCUGAUUAGCGAAGAAUGUAUGUGCCUUCAUCUAUUGAAGAAAAUGCAUAUUGAAUGUACUUCACAGAUGGUAUUAGCUUUGCAAUACUAAGUUUUUCUUCUGGUAUUGCUGAGGUAUGUUGAUGCUUGGAUGGCUGAAAGUUCAAGUUUUCUGCCUAUUAGCUUGACUUAAUUGUUCCCUUCAUUAGUAGCACGUAAACUCUCUUUAUUCUGUUUCAGACAUCAAAACCCAUAAAUUUGCAUGGUUAAAAGUGUUUCCUGUACUUGUUUAUGCAUGAAUGACGAGUUUGUUCUUAUUACUUGUGUGUAUUCUGUUUUUUUUUUUUUUUUUUUUUUUCCUUCUAAGUAUUAUAUUAGCGCCUUGCUCUUUAUUU